AUGAAGAGACGAUGGACCGCGGGGGAUACCACGCGACAACACAACGGGGGGGGAUGGGGAUACAAGCGAAAGCACCGACGUUUGAAUGACGACACACGCGUUCGGCUCGCUCAUUACGAGUCACACCAUCGUAAGAUUAGUCUAUCCUCGACGCGGGCGCAUCCUCUCCGUGCUACGAAAUAUCUGACUCAGUGCGGACUCGUCCUCUCUGUGAGCAAGACGACCCGCUUCUUUUUCAUCUUGCGCUCCGCCCGCUUCAGCAAACUCUCCGCGCCGCCCGCCUUGACGAUGCACAUGGUCGCCUCGUACACGGCGCGCUGCUCCUGCGCGCUUCCCUCCCGCAGUUGGGGCUGCAGCCGUUCCUCCCGCGCCAGCUUCACCUCCCGGCGAACCUCCGCCACGGCUGCGUACGCCUCAUCCGCGGUGGCCAGCAGCAGUUGGGGCGCCAGCCCCAACACCGCGCCGAGGUCCCCGCCGCUCAGCGCAGUCUUCAGCCCCGCCACCCUGCGCACCAGCGUCGUCGUGUCCACCUCCAGCAGCGGCGGCGCGCGGUGCAGCAGCAUCGGGACGUCGAUGAACGGGACGUAUCGGUCCAGGCGCGUCACCGCCGCCUCCAUCCGCGCCGGAUCGCGAAACACGCUCCCUCGUGACGACUCCGUCACCGCCCUCCUGCACUCGCUGCUGCCGCCCCAGAGGUUCCAGAAGCGCACUUUCAGAUCGUCCGCGCGGGUCGUGGUGCCCUUGAGCGUGCCCCCGACCGUCCACUUACCCCCGCCCUGCGUCCGCCCGUCCCCCGUCGAGCUUUCGGUUUCGAGCCUACUCUUGUCGAUACCCACCCUCGCCUCGACGCGCGCGGUGACGGUUCGCAUCGCACCGCCCGCGGCGGCCAUCGCCUCGAGGCGUCGCGCCCUGGCGCGGGCCUCCCUCGCGGCGGCCGAGUCGUCGCGGUCCGGCGGCGGCGCGAGGAGCGCCUCGAAGUCCUUCGCGGCGACGACGUCGACGAGAUCGGCGAAAUCGCCGUGUUCCCGCCGCAGGUGCACCAAAAGCCGCGCGGCGUCGCGGGGCGUGAGGUCGUGGAGCGCGGCGGGCUGGGCGGCGAGCGCCCUCGCGACGCCGCCGCCGUCGCCGCAUCCGUUCGGCACGUCCCGCGGCGUCACCGCGGGCUUGAGGAAGCGGUACAACGACGCAACCUUGGCGAGGCGAAAAUCGGGAUCCUCGAAGAGCGCCGCGGCGGGAUGCGCGGCGGACGCGGCGGUGGACGCGGCGAGUUCCUCCCUCUCGAUGUCCGACGCGGCGGGCUGA